AUGUUAACUCUUCUUAUUUCUCGAUACCCCUCCACAUUCCUUGUUGACAGCACAACAAUAGCCGACGUAGAGAACCAGCAAGCUUCUCAUCCACCCAAUACUCAAGAGUCAGAGAAGCCAGGGUCCUGUGAUGUCAAGUCCGGCCAUUUCUCCUUUGCCGAAGUUAACAAUCCACCUAUUUCAAACGCGCAGUUCUUCCCUGAAACGGAUCUUUCCCAGGGAAUCGUAGGAAGGGACGGACUAGAUGAUCCUGCAAAUCUGCAGAACUUUUCGUCCGCUAGACAAUGGGGCCUGCUGGCUCUCAUAAGCCUCAUUGACUCUCGUAUCUCCCCUCGCGUCGAGCAUGUUCGCUCCCGCGGUGGGCUACGUGGGGAAGAUUUGCACGGCAACGAUAGCACUCUGCUAUCCUUCAGUGUUUGCAUCUUUCCUGUAGGAUACACUGAGAGUUACACCGGGCUUGUUCUUCGCACAAACCAUCGCCAGGAGAGUAGGCCAAAUGAGCCGGCUAACAUAGACAUUCUAGUUCGGUCCUCUAAUACUGGCUCCCAUGAGUGCGCUCUAUGGUCGUCGCAUCGUGCUCAGCUUCGCCAACUGGUUCUUUGUUGUUUGGCAAAUUAG